AUGUUUUUGUCAAACGCGCUUCGUUCAUCCUAUUCCAAAGGGUGCACUACUGCAUCUGCUCAUAUCAAACGCUCCUAUAUGACGUCCACCAACGCUCGUCAAAGCCGUUGGGUGAUGCCUGCUUCCAUGUUGGCGAGUGCUGGGCUUGGUGCUGCCUACGUCAUGUAUGGCCAUCAUCCCAUGUAUGGCACUUCAAGAGCCUAUGCUGAAGGCAGCAGCAACAAUGCUCCUGCCGCAUUUAGUCCUGAAGAAUUUCGUGAAUUCACGUUGGUGGAUGUAAUGCCCAUCAAUCACAACACCAGCAGAUUCCGUUUCAAGCUGCCAGAUGAUAGCGUGUCGGGCUUACAUGUCGCGUCAUGCAUUUUUACACGACAUCGAUACAAAAAGCCCGAUGGAAGCGAAGGUUCAAUUAUGCGUCCCUAUACACCUACAUCGGAUGAAGGGGAACGUGGAUACGUGGACUUUGUCAUCAAGGAUUAUCCACAAGGCAAGAUGAGCCGUCAUAUUCAUUUGCUUAAACCUGGUGAUAAGCUUGAGAUCAAGGGACCCAUUCCAAAGUAUAAUUGGGAUCAAGGCAAGAAAGAACACGUCGGCAUGAUUGCAGGUGGUACCGGCAUCACGCCUAUGCUUCAAUUGCUUCGAAAGAUCUUUGGCCCAUCCUCCAAAGAUAACAACACCAAGGUGACGCUCAUCUUUGGCAAUCAAACGGAGGAGGAUAUUAUCCUAAAGAAGGAACUUGAUUCUUACGCCAAGUCUUUCCCUGAUCGUUUCAAGGUGGUGUACGCUGUGGAUAAGCCAACCAAGAAUUGGGAUGGUCACCAUGGAUACGUUACUGCCGAGUUGAUCAAGAAACAUCUACCUAACCCGGAACAAUCGAACUCUAUCAUCUUUGUGUGCGGUCCCGAUGCAAUGCUUGCAUCGCUUGCAGGUCCCAAGGCCCCUGAUAAAAGUCAGGGUAAACUUGAUGGUAUUCUCAAAGAAAUGGGAUAUCCUCAAGACCAUGUCUAUAAGUUUUAG